AUGUCGGCUCUUAGCCUGCUCAUUUUGGGCCUGCUCACGGCAGUGUCACCCGCAAGCUGUCAACAAGGCCUGGGAAACCUGAAGCCCUGGAUGCAGGGUCUCAUCGCUGUGGCUGUGUUCCUGGUGCUCGUUGCAAUUGCCUUUGCUGUCAAUCACUUCUGGUGUCAGGAAGAACCGGAACCUGUGAACGUGGUCACAAUCCUUGGAAACAAGACAGAUGGGAUCCUAACAGGGACAGAUGGAAGGUACUCCUCAAUGGCGGCCAGCUUCAGGUCUAGUGAGCAUGAAAAUGCCUAUGAGAACAUCCCCGAGGAGGAGAAGGAGGGCAAGGUCCGGAGCACCCCCAUGUGA